UUGUACCUAGAUAACGCGGAGCUUAAAUGGGUUUGUUGUGACUAUUCACAACUAAUUACACAUAGCCGCACUUCAGUGCAACAACAAACCGAUGACGACAACAUAACUGAUGAGGAGACAGUCAUAGAGCUAAGGAAACGUCAACCGAAAAACAUCCUUGAAUUAGAGGCAGUUAGACACAGACGUAACGAAGAAGGCCCACAGCCCACGCUGGCAGGAUGGAUGACAAUGGUCACAGCUAAUCGUAAGGACAGGCCGGGCGAUGUUGUGCAUACUCAGUCGGAGACUGGUGAGGAAUUGUGGGCUACGGUGGCUCGAAGGGCCAGUGUUGACGUCAUUCCCUCUGCGGUGCCUCAGCGACUGAGGAUAGAACAGGCCAAACGUGAAAGAACCGAAUACAACGGCACAACAUCACCUCGAGCUGAGACUGCACACUGUGGCUUCUCUCCGAAUAAAGAAUUUGUCCCUCAGCAAAGAAAGUAUGCACAUGUAAACGUCGAUUUGCCAAGAGUUGAACUGACACAUUUCGAUGGUAAUCCCGAACAAUAUUGCCAAUUCAUUCGUCAAUACGAGUAUUUCGUUGAAUGUUAA